AUGUCCGGAAGCAGUGGCUCGGUUGUUACGCAGUCGUUUGCAUGUACAUUUUCCAGAAAUUAGCUGAAAUGGUCGCCUUCUUAUUCUGAUUUAAGGAUUCUGCCAUUUCUUUGGCCUGACGUUAAAAGAAACACUUUUGGGUGCUGUUUGUUAGCACCAACCAGUUGUAGCCUGCGAUGGGCCAGGCAACAAGCACGGGUGAAGAGCUGAACAUUCAUCCCAUGCAAAAGCUGCAAGCUCACUUGGAUGUGCUGAGUACAGUUGCCACACUAACUUACCCAGAGUUCUUGAGGUCAAUUGAUGAGAUCAACAAUAUAACCAGCACAUUCUGUGACAGCCGAGGAAAGCAACUGAGGUUUAUCGUGAAGAAAGGGACAGACACCACUUUCUUGUGGAAAGUCACUAUUAGGAUACGAUGUUACAAGGUGAAUGCCCAAACACAACGGGUGGAUUCUUGUCGGGCCCUGACACUGCGUCAGUAUGCUGUGAUAUACCGUGAAAUCGUGGAACAGCUAGGCAGUCUCUCCACUCUUCAGCAUUCAUGUCCAGAGGACAUUUCAUCCUCAGCCAUAUUCAAUGAGUUCACAUCAGGUGGGACAGUUGUAGAUGAAGAGAAUGAAUGCUGUAUAUGCAUGGAGCGUAAAGCAGAAGUUAUCUUGGCUUGUGGCCACAACUUCUGUGAGAUCUGCAUUGACUCUUGGACCAGUGAACGUCGACAAAGCAACUGUCCGCUGUGUCGUAAAAAGGUGAGGGGAGCUGAUGACACUUGGAUUUUGACAGAAAAGCCAGACUCCACAGACUACGAGACAGAAGUGAAGGGGUACCUAGUAGGUCUAGUCGAUCGUACUGGAGAGCCAUUAACCUAAUGUUUUAAUUAUGGACGCCAUCUAAAUGUUCAUAGCAAGGACAUAAGGAUGAGGUACUCAUGCAGAAAGGCUUGCAGGAGGUACAGUAGACAUCAGUUCCAAGCCAUAUCUUGAUUCAGGUGUUUCAUAGUUCAAAACUGUAGAAUCCGGGACCAGACACUUGUGCAAAGCCUCUGUCAGCAUUUUCUGCUCAAACAUGUUGUAUUAGUCAUGAAAACCUUUUUAAUUGUUUGUCACUUUAAAUGUAGACCAAAUUUAUGCUUUAAAACAUAUUUGUGUUUCUGUACAAAACUGCAUUAAAUUGUUUUGGAGAUAGAUAUGUUUUCCUGGGAAGACUUGAUAUGUUUUGGCUGAUCAGAUUAAUGUGUCUGGAAAAGUUUGAUUAUGUAGAAGAUAAUUGUUUGGUGUUUGGGAUGCCAUGCACACAAGCGAUGCUGCUGAAGGCACUUUUAGUCUGUAAAAUCAAAGUAAUCUUUCCAAUUUUACAGUUGACCUUUUAGUAGAUCACCUAAGCUCAGUCUUCCUGUGGCAGUCUUCCUUUUCAAUUAUCUAAGAACAAGGGCAUAUGUCAAAAGGGCUGGAAGCUACACUUAAGGACAGUCAGGACACUUUGCAGCAGACACCAGUUUUCUAAGAACUUUUGGGUAGGUAUCUCUUUUCUAGUUCUUCAAUACUACGAAAACACUGCAGCACAGUCUGCCUUAGAGGUUUUUAACUCAUUCAGUAUUUUUAUUGAUGCAAUUGAGCUAUAGAGCUGUGAAGACAUUUGCAUUCGUGGGUGUAAACUGAAAGAGUUAAGACUUGAAUCGUAGGAGGUUUUAUUAAAUGCUUAACUUUGUUGAAAUUCAUUGGAAUCUGUAGACUGAAGCUUUAUGAUAAUAUACAUUGAGCUGUUACUAGGCUUUUGUUCCCCUGGUGUUUUAAUAUUAAAUUCUAAAGUGUAGAUUAAGUAUGUUAACAUAGCCUUAGGCAUCCAGACAGGUAUGUGUGUUUAGGCUACUGCAAAUAAAAAGUAAAAGCAAGCACACUCUUUUUUCAGUGUCUUUGUACAUAGAGUCAAAUCUUGUCCUAUGUUUUUAUCUUUUGUGCAUAUUUGUGCUAUUUUUACAUGCAGUAUUGAGGAGUAAGACAAAAGCAGAUAAUAAUCAGAUAGUACAAGUCUGUCAUCACAAAUAUUUAACUCACCAUAAAUUUUGGGACAGGAUUUGCAUCAAAGAUUUAUGCCACAUUCAGACGUUCUAAUAUUAAAUAUUUGCCAUUUGACACAUUUUGUCAUUCUAAUGUUUUAUCAUUUUUAACUUUGUGUUCCAUCCAUAAGUAUAGUGUGAAGUAUAAUGUGUGAUUUUUCAUGCAGUUUAUUUAUAGCCUUUCUAUAAAUUGUUGACCUAUGUGCAAUAUUUACGGCUUGUACCACAAAAUACAGAAGAUAUAGUUUAAAGCGUAUCAUUUUAAAUGAAGUUGAGAUUGAGAGUAAUAGAGAAUUUUUUGUGAUUAAUUUUAUACCCAUGUAAGGGAAUGUGAAUA